AUGGAUAUGCUUGCAGGCGCAGCACCUAAUCUACGAGAACUCAAUAUUUACUGGCUCUUGGAUGAAUGGGAGCAGUCCACACUGACAAAUGCAUACCAGCCUGGUGAUGCCCACGAGGUCGCCAUAUACCGUGCUCUCGGAUCCUUGUUCUCUAUCCGCAAGGUCCAUUUGACUGUGUACUGUCCGCAACUGUUCCCUCAUGAUGAGGAUGCAUAUAAACUGUUCAGCGGAAAGUUUCUCACUAGACAAGUCGAGGACCAGGAGAUGGAUACCGAAUUGGAUGACGCUCUGAUGAACCUCGCCUUCGACGCACAACUUGCCAAAUCGGUCUUCCGCACCAUCUCGCUAUCGAAACCUGCUUUUUCUCCACCGCUUGAAAGUGUGUCCUUGCGCAUCGGUGCUCUUGAUUAUAUGAAGUUUAGUUCUGGACGAACAAAAGCUCACGCGAGUGACAUACUCAAAUAUAUCGGUCGCUCUUGGAUCUGCACACGCAACCCACGAGACGAUAGACCACACGACUUCACUGCAGCCGAGUACAAUCCCAAGGCCAAAGUGGAAAGAGCAGAGGCUCUAGAGAGACAGUAUGCUCCCAAAGUCUUUGAUUCAGUGGUUGCACAGUCCGUCUGUCGUGUAUGGCCCGCUGCCAAAUCUGGAGACUGGAAGAAAGAGUGGCAUAGCUUCUCGCUCGCUAUUUCUUAG